GAAUCUGAACAAUCUGAUGGCAGGAUGCUGCUGCAGCCGCUCUGGAGCUUCCUGCUGGGACACUCGUCUGUCCUGCACUCACCUGUCUUCCCCGUCGUCUUCUCGCUGGGCAUCUACCUGUCUUGCUGCCUGCCCUUCAUGCUGCUGGACCUACUGUCCUCCAGGUGCGCCGCCCUGUGCAGGUACAAGCUGCAGCCGCACAGCUCCGUCAGCUGGGCCUCGCUGCGCUGCUGCCUGGCCCUGACACUCUACAACCACCUGCUCUUCAUCUUCCCGCUCACCCUGAUGCACUGGUACCUGAGAACGCCGCACCUGCCACCACAGGCCCCGCCUCUGCCCCGCCUCCUCGCACAGGUGCUCGUUUGCCUGCUGCUCUUCGACUUCCAGAGCUUCGUCUGGCACCUGGUGCACCAUCGCGUGCCCUGGCUCUACCGCCACUUCCACAAGGUGCACCACACCUUCAGCUCCACCUCGGCCCUGACCACUGAGUACUCGGGGGUCUGGGAGACUCUCAGUCUGGGCUUCUUCGCCGCCGCCAACCCGGUGCUGCUGGGCUGCCACCCGCUCACCGAGCUCGCCUUCUUCCUGCUCAACAUCUGGCUGUCGGUGGAGGACCACUGCGGCUAUGACCUGCCCUGGGCCACGCACCGCCUGGUUCCCUUCGGCCUGUACGGCGGCGCACGCCACCACGACCUCCACCACCUCAACUCCAGGUGCAACUACGCCCCCUACUUCACCCACUGGGACUGGUUGGCUGGGACGCUGCAAACCCCGCAGGACUGAACCACUGACGCAGGACUCCACAGGACGGAGAAGUUUUUAUGAACUCACGGAGAAGUUUUUAAGAUCUGACAGCGAAGUUUUUAUGAACUGACCGAGAAGUUUUUAUGCACUGACCGUGAAGUUUUUAUGAACAGAUUUCUGAGCCACUCAGUUUUUCUUUGACAUUAAAAGACUGAGGACAAUAAAUAUAAUAUUUAAUAUUUAAAUGUAUAUACACAUAAAUGUUUGUUUGUUUAUUUAUUUACCUCACUAACCUCUGGAAUGAUGGAUUUAUGAGCUCUGUGUGACUGUUAUCUACUAACUUUGUUUGUAUUUUGGACUAAAAUGUUUAUUUUCCUAAAAAAAUGAAGAAAACAGAGUUUGUGUGUUAAAUCAGAAAAAUCCGCACUGAGAUGAGAAACAACAAAAUGACUUGUUUUAAAUGAGAUGUUUUUGUGAUGUUGUGCAUUCAUUUCAUGUGGUUAAAUUGCAUUAAUAACUGAUUAUGAAUGAUGCUGAUGUGCAGCUGUGUUGCAUUCAGGUGACAUAUUAAGAAUUAAAGUUGAUCUUUUAUGCAUCAGAGAAAAAUGUUCAUAUUGAACAAAUCGAAAAAACGUUGACUGGUGCAUUUUUUAAUUAAAAUACUCCUUUAAAAUCAGUUAUGGCAGCUGAUUAAUGUUAAAGCGUCAGGUGUAUAAAGUCUGAUGGAUAAAGAUUUCUGAGUGAAAACAGAAAGUGAAGCGACUGAACCACGAAAGUGUCGAGAACAGAAGCAGCUGUUGGAUGUUUGAGGAUGUUGUGCAGAAGGUUUUUGAAUGUGACUGAAAAUAUGAAAACAAAACAAAAGUUUCGGAAUAAACUUUAAAUGGACUAAAAUCAAAA